AUGCCUCAUAGUCACUACUGCUCACUCAGGAGCUUCCAAAAUGCCCCACCACUCUCUGCCAUUGUACAUGACUCUAAUCCUAUAAGCUUUGAAGAUGGAUUUUGUUUGCCUAGCAGCUACCAUAGCAGAACCUGGCUUCUGGACAACUUUCAAGAAACCUGCAAUGAAACCACCAGCUGCCAACUGACCGACUAUGAACAGAACGUGUUCACAGAAGACAGCUGUGUGCAAAGUACUUGCCUCCCCGGAGUUGUCCAAACAACUUAUUCCAAUUCCAAGCCCUGUGAAAGGACAACAUGCCAUUCAGAAAGAUCCUCAGUAGUGUUGGAGUGUGUUUCUCAGCCUUGCCCAUCAGAAAAGAGUCAGCAAAUGAAUUUUGUGGUCCAGAGCUGCCAACCUGAGAGCCACAUGGAAAAGUACUGUUCAUCUAAGACUUCUGCAGCUAAGAGUUGCCAAGCUCAGGAAUGUGAAUCCAACCAACGCCAGUCUCAGAGUUCUGAAUCCAGUUCCUGUAGACCUUUGGUCAGUGUUGCACCUGAGCCUCGAUUCCUGGAAUCUUCUUCUAGCACCUAUGAACCAACUUGCUGUGUUACUGGUGGUUUGCAAUUGCCUAGUAAGUGA